ACAAUUUAUUGUCAAUUUACGGCCGGUAAAACAUAUAUAUUAUUUUGGGCCGGAAGCUAGAGCUUCCUAUGCUUGGUAUCAGGACCGCUACUGGGUGGGGUCAUGACUUUACGAUGGGGUUCCUCUUGUUUGUUGUAAUCUCGGUGAUGGCCAUGCUCUCCUUUGUUCCAGAGAUUCAAACAAGACUCCUGUUUAAUCAAGUCUUCAGUAGAGGACUUAAGGUCUCCCAUGCUUGCUAAGGACUGAAACCAACAACUAUCUCUUAUUGGAGUUUGGAUAUCAUGUCAUAUGUGAUGCGCGCAGUUUUAAUACUCAGUAUGCUAUAUUGCUAUGACUUUGCUGUUUAUGAUGUAGACUUAGUGACUUAAUAAAAAUGGUAUAUUUCUUACUUUUUAUUAACUGCAACCGCAAAUAAAUUAUCAGUUUUUUUUAAAAAGAUUCUCCAGAAAACCGGGUCGACCAUUUCUUCAUACGAAAAAAGAAUGUACACUAAUUUAGGCAAACCAGAAAUAACAAAUCGUUGAACAAGUUUGUUUGACCGAUUAUUCAUGAAGCCAAGUUUUCAGGUUUAGGAUCUUUCACGUUCUUACUUCCAAAUGCUAAACAAAAUAUGCAAAUCUCAGACACAAGAUUCUGAGUUUCCCCCCUUAAUUUGCUUUCAAGAAGAUGAGUUUUAAUGUUCUCCAGAACUCACUGUCACCACCAGUCUGAAAAAGAUGGUUCCAAAUGUCAUGUUUGAUCAAAAGGUUCCUGUGCUAACCUACGCAGCAUGCGAAUGGUUCCUCAUAUUCCUCAUGCUCAUCGACGCUCUCCUCUCCUAUCUCCUCGUCUGGUUCGCACGCUACUGCAGAUUGCAGAUGCCAUGUUUUCUCUGCUCCAAGAUCCUCCAUCCUCUCCACUGGAGAUUGCUCAUCUGCAGAAACCACAGAUCAGAGGUCUCAUCUUACAUGUCGUGUCUAAACCACGACAACAAGCUCUCCGACUGCCGAGGAAUGUGCAACGAUUGUCUACUGUCCUUCACCAAAACGACCGGUCCGAAUCCAGACGUGAACAGAUUGCUUCUAGGGAAGCUAGGGUAUGAUCUGCUCUCCACAAGCCAUUCUGCUCACCUUAGGUCGUGUUCUUGCUGCGAUAAACCGUGGAGGGCAAGGCACCAUACGCAGAGACUGAUUAGGUUAGGCUCUCGGGGAAGAAACUCUAAGCCGAACAUUCCUGCUCCGAGGCAUCAUCUUACCCGAAGAGGAAGCGGUGGGAGUUUGAAGAAGAUGAGAGAUCGUAGACCAGCGACGAGCGGUGGUGAGUAUGCUGACGCUGGAAGCCGCAGCGACGGUGUGGCUCAUGCGGGAUACACAGAGCUGAAGGUUCACUCCGGCUCUGAGUCUGACUUUUUGUUUACAGAUGAUGAUGCUUUCCUCCAGAUGACUGACUUCAAUGUGGUUGAGCCACCUGAGAGACGUGUUCGCAAGUCUCGGUCUAGGACAUCGUUUGAAGACAAGAAGACACCGAAGCGUAAACAGGAUGUGCAAGACAAUAAGGAUAAGAAGAAAGAUUAUAAAAACGUCGGAUCUCCCAUGCAUGAACGUAAGAUUGUAGAUAAGACUCAAGACCAACCACCUGUCCCAAUAGGAGAGCAUGCAUCUGUAAUCUUUGAACUUAUAACUAUGAGUGAAGCUCGUCCAUUCUCACUGGAUUUACCUAAAGAUGACAAUGCAGGAGAAGUAACACAUAAAGAGAAUGAAACUGAGACUAGUGGCAACUCAUCUCCUUCUGGUGGAGAAUUCUUGAGUCCUAGAGAAAACUCUGCCUCUCAGGAACUCCAGAUUCAAGAGCAUGAUGAUUCCGCAGACUCUGCUCAAAACAUCUCCGACUCUGAUGUGAAGAUGGGAGCAUCUGAUGCAGAAAUGGAGGAAAAAGUGUCUGCUCAUCAGCCUGAUUCUGUUGCAGAUGAUGAGGAAGAUGGAGCUGAAGGAGACUUCAAGCCUUCAGCGUCAGAUUCUCUGGCACAUGAACAGUCUAGUGAGGAAGAAAAAGAGACUAACGAAAAGAAUGUUGCAGAAGAAUACUUCAGUAAUGAAGAAGUAGAUGAGGUCAACGCACACUCGGAGCCGCCGUUGACCUCAAAAGAAGUAUCUGUCUCAGCUGAAGAACAAUCCAGUGAGGAAGUAGAUGAUAGUCAUGAAGUAAAGGAUGUGGACAAUGGAGAUUCUGAACAGUUAACAUCAAACAAUGCAACUGGUUCUGGUAAAGAAGAGCAUGGAGAUGAUCAUGAAGAGACUGAGCCUUUGAAGUCACCAAAACCCUCAUUAGAACAUACCGAUAAAGAUUCCUCAAAGGUGACAGAGACUCAAUCUACUUCAAAUCCAACACAGGAACUAAAGCACUCCGCAUCUGUGGAGUCCUUUGCAAGCAUCAGCAGCGACAUCGAGGGAGAAAGUCUCGUCGAUCUGUUGAAACAACAGCUAGAGUACGACAGGAAAUGUCUAAGAGAGCUGAGCAAAGAGCUAGAGGAAGAGAGAAACGCGUCGGCCAUCGCUACAAACGAAGCGAUGGCGAUGAUCACAAGGCUGCAGGAGGAGAAAGCAGCUCUCCAGAUGGAAGCGUUGCAGUACCUGAGGAUGAUGGACGAGCAAGCGGAGCACGACGUUGAUGCGCUUGAGAGAGCAAACGAUGUCUUGGCUGAUAGGGAAAAGGAGAUACAAGAUCUCGAGAUGGAGUUGGAGUACUAUAGAGUGAAGUAUCCAGAUGAGUCGAGAGAAGAGAUCCUCGCUAGCAUGGGAGUUCUUGAGGGUGUAGAGACGAGUGAAAACUCAGAAACUGAUGAGACUAGCGAGAAAGUUCCAACAGAUGCUUAAGAAAGAGUUCAACGUUUCCAGAAGCUACAGGAGUGCUGAAAAUGGAAGCUCCAAGGCCUGAUGGUCACAGGAACCAUAUGGUGAAGAAAGCAGCUCUUUCAAGCACACAGGAAGGGAAAGAAAGAGUUGUUACCUUAGAGAAUGAGAUUUUAAACAUUGGAGAGCUUCUGCAUGUAAUAAUAAGGAGAUGUUAGGAGUUAGUUGAAGACAGAGAGCUCUGGGGUUGAGAAAAGGUGAAUGAUUUGCCUGUAACUGAAUCAUUUGUUAUUCCUUUUGUUAGUGUUAUUUAAUGGAGAACACACCAAUCAUCCCACUGAAACCACAAGAUUACAGAGACUAUUAUAUAACUGAAAUUUUAACGCUA